GUCUUUCUACAGAAUAGAGAGUGAACAAAUAUUUGCCAUAUGGCUAAGAAUGAUUAUUUUCAUUGUUUUUCUUUGUUUCACAGCUAGUGUUGUACAAUGCCAGAGUGAUGUCUUUAACUGCUCUCACGGAUGAUUCGGACAUGGAUACCAAAAACCCUGACAGCGGCAUCCAAUUCAUUACCAUUAAAGAAGAGAAAGGAGAUGAUAUUAGUGUGGAUACCAGUGUGUCUGAAAAUGCCAUUCAGUUCAUCGCCAUUAAAGAAGAGAAAAGGGAUGAUAUCUGUGAGGAUACUAUUGUGCCUGAUGCUAAUGAACUCAUUGCCAUUAAGGAAGAGAAAAAAGAUGAUAUCAGUGAGGAUACUAUAGUGCCUGAUGCUAGCAGUCUUAUUGCUAUUAAAGAAGAGAAAAAGGAGGAUAUCUGUGAGGAGCAUUGUUUGGAUAUAAAGGAAGAAAGUUCUGAUUAUGUAGAAGGGAUGAACGCUGUUUUUGUUAAUACUGAAGAGGAUGUAGAUAUGAGUGAGGGUUCAAUAUCUGAAAGAAUGAAAUUUGGCAAUGAAGAAACAAGUGGAAGUGACUCAGAUGUUGCAAUUAGUGAAAGUGAAGAUCCAUUAAAAAUGGUUGAUGAGGAGACACUUGCAAAUGAUAAAGAGGGAACAUAUGCAAGAGUGGAUAGCAAGGGGAAACUUGUUUGUGAAAUAUGUGGCAAGAAAUUCUCAUAUAAGAGUCAAAUGUUAGAUCACAUUAGAAUACAUACAGACGAAAGGCCCCACAAAUGUGAGGUUUGUAGCAAGGCUUUCUCAAAGAAACGUGGUCUAAUUGUGCAUAUGAGAACACAUGCAGAAAAAAGCCCUUUUAGUUGCGAAGUCUGCAACAAGGAUUUUUCUAGCAGAGACAUACUAGUUGAGCACAUGAGCUUGCACACAGAGGACAAACCAAAUACCUGUGAGGUCAAUAGCAAGGAAGUUUCAAAGGAAGAUCAUAUAAUAGGGCGUGUGAACUUACUUUCUAAAGAGAAAUCUUAUAGUUGCAAUCUCUGUAGUCGGGCAUUCUCACGGAGAAGUCAUUUAGCAAAGCAUGUGGUAGUGCAUACAAAACAUAAGCCUUAUAAAUGUGAAGUUUGUGAGAAAGCAUUCUCCCAGCAUUGGACUCUAGUAUGUCACAUGAGAACACAUACAAAUGAGAAGCCUCAUAAGUGUGAAAUAUGUAAUAAAGCAUUUUCUGUGAAACAUGCUCUUGUUGCACAUAUGAAAGUGCAUACAAAAGAGACUCACUAUAGAUGUGAAUUUUGUAGUAAGGAUUUUACUGCGAGACAAGAUCUAAUGGAACAUGUAAGAUCACAUUCAGAAGAGAAACCAUUCAGCUGUGAGAUAUGUAGUAAAACAUUAUCUUCUAAAUAUGCUCUUGUUGUACAUAUGAGAAUACAUACAAAAGAGAGGCCAUAUAAAUGUGAGAUUUGUAGUAAAGGAUUCACCAUAAGAAGUAAUUUAGUGGCCCAUGUGAGAAUUCAUACAAAAGAGAAACCUUUUACCUGUGAGAUCUGUGGCAAAGCUUUCCCCAGAAAACGUACAAUAAAGGAUCACAUGAGAGUCCAUACAAAUGAAAAACCUUAUUCUUGCAAGGUAUGUAGUAGGACAUUCUCUGGAAGCAGCAAUUUAAAGAAGCACAUGAGAAGAGUACAUAACUAAUUUUUUAUUUUAUUUUAUUUAUUUAUUUUUUACUUCUUGUUGUGAUGUUUGCAUUUCAGAAUUGAUGGAGGAAUAUUACUAGAAUCAAUCAUUUGAAAAUCACUAUUGUUUGAGUUCUAAGUGUAUACAUAUCUAUUCAUGUGAUAAAUAAUGCAAAGAUAAUUGUCUUCCAGAAAUAGGGCAGAUAAUAAGUUGCAUAAGUGACAUAAAUUUUGGGGGAGUUGUACUGUAUGAUAUACAUCAUGUGCAUCAUAUAUAUAAUUCAUUAUUUUAUUAGCCAAUGUUUUAAAUGAAUAAUGAAGCAGUUAUAAAUAAUUUACUUGCUUGCUCUUUGAAAUAGUAAUAACUAGCCAAAGCAAAAAGUUCCAUUCUCUGAGAUCAUCUCAGAACGUAUCACCAGAGAGGUAGAAACUGCACUUUAGUUCACAACAUUGUUCUCAGAUGCUUCCCUUUGAACCCAUUAUCAUUUGUGUAUGUGCUCUAGUCUGCUCUCAAUUUGCUCUUCAUUAACCCAUGGAACAGCCAGCUACAAACAGUAUCCUACCUUUCUUCACCUUCCAUUUGGCAUUUAGUAGCACCACAUUUUAUUCUUCAUGUAGCAUACAUAUGCUACAGUACUGAGAGGUGGUAUGCCUACCAGAUGAUGCAUAUAUUGUUUACAAUCACAAAUAAUGAACAAAGAAUGAAGAAUGUUUAUCAGUAUUUUUCAGAGUGAAUUCUGCCAUCUGAACUUUUGUGAUUGACGGAAUGCUAGUGGCACAUCUUAACAUGCAUUAUUUAACAUUUUAAGCUAAGCAUAUGAUGGUGAAUGUGAAGAAACACAAGAGCAUAGUCCUAGUAAAUAUGUUUAAACACAAAUGGUUACAGUUAAGCAUCACUAUAACACAACAAACCAUUCCAUAGGAGUAUAUUCUUUCUAGUAUUCAAUACUUUCCAGCAGAAUGCGAGGCUGGAGGUGAUCUUGCACAAUAGGUAUGCCUGUAGAGUAACCAGCAAUACUUGCUGCAGCUGCUGGUCACAAACGACACAUUUUCCAGAUCCAGUUAUCCUCCUCAUUUGUCACUGAGACUGGCUUUGUUCUUGGUGUCAUGCCUUGAGAAGUGCUGAUAAGUGGGGAGCAUCUUCCCCAACUCUUUCUUUUGUUGGUAGGUGAAUCAACUUCAAAUCACGUGUCUUUCCACUCCAUAUAAUCAGUUAUGGAAGAAAGAAAUUACAAGGUUAAUAUUAAAUCACUUAUGCAUCUGGAUUUAAAUGCAGUGUCUUUGGUAAUAUCAGCAUGGCAGCUAAAUCCACUGCAUAAUAGAUCGCUGAAAAUGGCAAAACAAUAAACAAAAUUGUUGUCUCAUAUAUAAAAGAAAUAUACUAAACUUUUUAAUUAUAUUGUUGUUUUUAUUUUUUUAUUUACCAAUAUGUGAAUGUCUAUACAUUAUCUAUUCUAUGUAAAAUAUGUAAAUAAUACCCAACACAAGAAAUUAGUUUGGUGCUUUUACACAAUUUCUAAAUUACUUAUUAGUUGGAAAUGACUUACUAUAUAAAUGUUUGAUUGUAUUUUGAAAAAAAUUACUUGAAGGUUGUUAUAUUUAGCCACUAAGGAAAAACAUAAAAUUUUGUGAGGAAAUCUAUAUACAGAAAAUACUCAUACAAAUGUACAAAAUCUUGUAUCAUUUUUAUAUUUGUGGUUGUGUUUAUAAACCUUGAAAGAAUGUGAUGCAUUUCAUAAAAUAAAAGAAC